GCCUGAACGAACAUGCAAUUGUAUCUCGAAGAUUCGUCAAGCGUCGGAUUUUUGUUAUUUUUAGAAAUGGACCAUUAUAUAGCAGAAAACAACAACAAUGAUACUAUGUUAACACUUGGAAAUCUGUUUGAACAAGAUCUUCCGUCAGCCUAUAUCCUCCCAGUCUACCCUAGCCCCUUCAACGAUAACUUUCGUUUCAAGAACAAAACCAAAUAUCGAAUUUUUAACGAUCCUCAGACAACAAGCGACCCCAUACGUUUCCUAGUUCCUCUUCGUUUUUGUUGCAUAGCAGGAAACGAGCUGCCAAUCUUGGUACAUAAACUACCAAGCGAGUUUCUUUCUGCUCACUGGAAGAAAUGGUUGCCUCAUUUCAUCGAGCCAGUGAUGAAAACUAUUGACGAAGGAAUUGCAGAUAAAAAUCCUCUUAUUACAUCGUUCCCAUUGGAGGAAAUACCCGAGGAAAAACAUGCAGUGGAUCCAGACAUGCAUUAUCAUAUCCUUGAAAAAAAAGCAAUUCCCGAAAUCGGUGUGCCGUAUCCAAAAUAUUUCACUGAAGAGAACAUUGUCUUUCCUUGUAUGAUCAAGGUAUGUAUGAAGUUGUAAAGUCAUGAACCUCUAAAUAACCGACACCUAUAGCUGGGCACCGAGGUUUGCUGUCCAAGGGUUAGCGAAAAUAUGCGUGUGAUAGGCAUGCAAGCCUGUUCUGUUUUUCAAAUUUCCAUGCUUACAUAUACACGUAAGAAUCUGUAAAGACAUUGAGAUAACUUUUUCAUGCUCACAGUUUUAUACACGAAUAAUAUUUAAUUGAACGAACUCUCCAUUAUAAGACUAAGAGUCUCCACUGCGCAUCCAAAUGACGCGUUUUGCGUCCAGAUAAAUUGCAGCUGAAUUAACAUGUAUAGCUGACACUGAAAGAAUUAGAAUAGGCAUGGUCAAAUUCUUCAACUGUUCAAUCAUCAUUUGAAUAUGCAAAAGUUGCUCAAAGAAUAAUUAGUCGGUUCCACACGGUUAAUUGGUUCGCUUUAAAUUAAAAUACAGCCAACUAGCCUUUUUCAUGGCCGAUUUUCCCGUCAUUUUUGGGGUACUGCCUCUCCCACGUUUGAGAAUCUCCGCAUCACGAAACUAUACAACUUUUUAGUUUUACAGUUGUUUGUAUAAUGGUAAAUUUACACUUACAACUUUUAAAAGUCGCUUUUCACGUUGUUUGGAUUGUCUAGAAUCUUUCACGAGGGCAGACAGUACCCCCAAAAUGGCGGAUUUUGACCUUCCUCUGAAUGUCAGAAACACCGACCUAGCUCCUCCAUUGGUUGGAUCAGUGAAUAUAUUAUGCUAAUAUUUAUAUAUUUCAAAUUCAAAUUGCCCAAUCAAACAGCUACGUUUGUGCUACGUGAGCAUGAAAUUUAUUAUGGAAUCACCCCUUACGUCAUCGUAUUUGACGUAAGCCGGUGAUUUCAAUAAUAUCACAAGGGCUCGGUUGUUCAAAAGUCGAUUAGCCUAACCCUGGGUUAACACAAAUCUACAAAUUAAAUUUCCCAACAGCUCAUCAAUCAGGUUGAACAUGUUUUUCCCGAAAUCUUUUCUGGUUCAAUAGAGGUUUUAUUUUCUAAAUUUUUCAAACGAAUGAUCAUGCAGAAAUACAUGAACAAAAACAGCAGGUUAAAAUUUAACCCAGGGUUAGCGCUAAUCGGGCUAUAAACAACUGGCCCAAGGUGAUGUGAUCAUAAUGUGAUUCGCGUAAACCACGCGCGGCGAUCACGUAAACAAGAUGGCCGACAAAUAUUGAAGUUAAACUUCAAAGAAAGCUCCUUUUUUGAAAAUUUUGAAGCAAAUUCGAAAGAAAACUGACAAAUGCUUGCGUUAAUAAAAAUAAUUAAGUGCCAAGUGUUAUAUUCUCAACUUGGAGUUUCGGUAUAAUAUUUAAUUUAUAGACCCUCCGCUCGGGGGAUUCGGCGAAUGUUACCCUCAGCUGAUAUUUCCCUCUGGGCAAAGCCCCUCGGGAAAUAUCAUCACUUUGGUUAAUAUUUCUCCGAAUCCCCCUUGCUCCAGGUCUAUAAAUGAUAAAUAGCCACCUAGUAAGCUGACCUUAUAUGCAAAUGAUUAUUUGUUAUGGACCAAAACUAGCAAAUUAUUGCUGCGUGGACAAAUUCCGUUCGCAUGUCGUAUUGAAUUAAAAAAUAGUAUUUAAAUUAAGGAAAAACUAUUUAAAUUAAGGAAUAGAAGGUUUAAACUAUUGAUGUCGUUCUCCAUGAUUAUUUAGUUGUUUGUUGUGAGUGAUGCCUCUCCUUGAGUUUUGCCUUUUGGGAAUUGAAAAUUAAUUUGCAUUUCGGUCUGAAAUUUUAUUGUAGUGUCCAGUGAAUAUCUUGAUAGAUGAAAUAUCUCAACUGAAGAGAAACACGCGCGAUAUCAACUCCCUUGUGACUUAAGGUGGCUCAAUACAGUUUUUUAAAUAUGACAAAAUCGUGAUUUAGAUUUAAUUUUUUGAAGAGAGGUUUCUUGUUAGAAGACAAAAAUUGUACCACAUAUAUUGUUCACAAAAAUGACGUCAUUGCCGUUGCUAUGGUAACAAUGACGUUUCAAUAUGGCCGACAUUUUACCUUUCAAUUAACACAUUUUAAUCGAAAAAAAGGCCGGUUACCCCCAUUUAUUAUUUCGUGAAACGUUUUCAUUUAGAAAAAUGAAUGAUAUGAACAAGUUUAAAAAAAUUCUGUAGAUCAGAAUUUUUAAAAAAUUAAAAAACGUGAUUGUUCGUGAUAAAUUUUUUGGAUCUACAGAAUUUUUUUAAAAUUGUUCACAUCAUUCAUUUUUCUGAAUGGAAACGUUUCACGAAAUAAAAAAUGGGGAUAACUGGCCUUUUAUUCGACUAAAAUGUGUUAAAAGGUAAAAUGUCGGCCAUAUUGAAACGUCAUUGUUACCAUAGCAACGGUUAUGACGUCAUUUUUGUGAACAAUUUUCAACUCUUAGAAGAUUGUUCAAUAUAUGUGGUACAAUUUUUGUCUUCUAACAAGAAACCUCUCUUCAAUAAAUUAAAUCUAAAUCACAAUUUUGUCAUAUUUCAAAAACUGUAGGGAACCACCUUAAUUAGGGCGACAAUGCGUGCAAGAUCUGCAAAAUCUGCAACAAUCGUGCAAGAUCUGCAACAAUCAUGUACGGACGUAUGUUUUUGAGCUCCUUGUUUUUUGUAUGCAUUUUCUUGUCUUUUGGUCCUGAGGUUGUUGGAUUUGGCUGUUCCUCGUCAGGAGAAGCUUCUGCUUCAACAGAUAUCGUGUUUGAAGGGGAAAGUUAUGAAAUUAAGCUGGAAUCUUCGAGUUUACUGGUCGACUUUUACAAGUUACUUAACCAUGCAGAACGGGAUAGGACGCUAUUAGUCCAUUUUACUACGUUAGCUAGUUCGAGAACUGUCGCUUUUAAUAGUGAUUUAAUCGGCUGUGAUUGCUUGUCGGAGGAAUAUGUUUUUGAUAAACAAUAUUUUGGAAAUGAGCAAGAAAUACAACGAAUUUAUGUCUGGCCCUUUGGUUUUACGACGGUGUUCAGCCAAGCUAAUCGUGCCCAGAUUUGCAUACUGUUGAAACGUACAGGUCGGGAUUUGUUUUUAAUUGGGCCGGUUUCGCUUAAUGAAUUUAAGAAACGAAAGCUAUCUAAAUCUAGGGCUAUGUAUUAUUCGAAUUCAACUGCGACAAGAAGAUUGUUAUUACUAUCUGGUGAUGUCGAACAAAACCCAGGAUGGGAAAGUUAUCAACCUAAAACUCAACAAUCAGUAAUAGAACAGAAGAGAAGUUCUGCCACUAAUUUAAGUAUUCCCGUGCGUAUUACUGAAAGAAUGAAUUUACAUCAGCAAUGGAAUGUAUUUCGGAGCCCAAUCAACUGUAUCAGCGUCAAUAUUAAUAAUAGUUUGCUCUUACCUAACAACUUCAAAAACCUUAGCUUUUGUCUUAUGAAUACUCGAUCACUCAACAACAAAGCUGCUGAGUUUACCGAUUUCAUAUGUGAUCAUCAACCUGAUAUUGUUGCUUUAACUGAAACCUGGUUUCAUGAACAUGAAACUGCUGCUAGGUCCCUCUGCACGCCCACAGGCUAUAAACUCUUGGACCACCCACGAUCCGGCCGGCAUGGUGGUGGCACUGGAGUGCUGUUCAGGAAUAAUUUGACUGUUAACAGAGUAUCCGCUGCAGAACUCCGAUCUUUUGAAUACUCUGAGUGGAAUAUAAAAGCAGGGUCCCGGCGUAUUCGUCUAGUCGUUGUCUACAGAAUACCAUACUCCGAUAUUCAUCCCGUAUCUACCACAAUAUUUUUUGAUGAGUUUGCUAAAUUCCUUGAAUCUGCGGUCCUCUGUACUGACCAGCUCUUGAUAACUGGUGACUUCAAUAUACAUGUUGAUGUGACUGAUGACGUUGAUGCUGUCAAACUUCAGGAGCUACUCGAGAGUACAGGUCUACAGCAACAUGUCAAUGUCCCAACUCAUAUCCGUGGACAUACCCUUGACCUCAUAAUAACAAGACAUUCUGAAAAUAUUGUUACUUCUCCACCUCGAACUGAUUACAUUUUUUCAGAUCAUAUGCCUGUUCAUUGUAACCUUCUAGUUAACAAGCCUCGUCUUAAGAAAACCCAUAUAUCCUACAGGAAAGUUAAAUCCAUCAAUGUCGAUGCUCUUUGCAACGAUCUCUCCAACUCAGAUCUCUGCAAGAACAUGCUUUCAAUGGAGCUCAAUGAUCUUGUUGACUGCUAUAACCAUACAUUGUCAUCAUCAUUGGAUCGACAUGCGCCUUUGAAUCACAAAACAGUUGUAAAAAGACCGACCGUUCCUUGGUUUAAUGAGGAAGUCAAGUUAGCGAAAAGAGCACGAAGACGAGCUGAAAGGAAAUGGAGACGGACUAAACUGUAUGGUGACUUCCUUGUUUAUAAAUCAAAGAAAAAUCAAGCCACUUUUGUAAUGAAACGCGCACGUAAUGAGUACUACACCACCUUCAUACAAGAGAAUAGCAGCGAUCAUCGUAAACUGUUCAAGUCUGCCAAAUUUCUUUUUAAUCAAGAAACUGAUUUGCAUUUUCCAGAAUACAGCGAUAAUACAGUCCUUGCGAAUGAUAUAGGUGACUUCUUCGCCAAGAAAAUCGAGUGCAUUAGACAAGAACUUGACAGUGCAGCCACCUAUGACAACCCUACAAGUGAACCACAGAUCAUGCCUAAUGUUCAACUGGACUCGUUCAAGACAUUAACUGAGGAUGAUGUUAACCAGAUUAUCUCAAACUCAAGCAAAAAAUCAUGCUCUUUGGACCUCAUGCCCACUCAUCUUGUGGUCCACUGCCUGGAUGUACUUCUGCCGGUAAUUACAAGAAUGAUAAACUUGUCCCUGCAAUCCGGAUGUUUCCCUGAGAACUGGAAGCUGGCUAAAGUUCACCCAGGCUUAAAGAAGUCAAAAGCUGAGGUUAUAUUUGAUAAUCUUCGUCCCAUCAGCAACCUUUCAUUUGUUUCCAAACUCACGGAACGAGCUGUCUUUAAUCAAACCCAUGACCACCUUACCGCUCACAAACUUUACCCUAAAGCUCAAUCUUCCUACCGCCAAAUAUCAUAGUACUGAAACUGCUCUUCUACGUGUGAAAAAUGACAUCUUGAUGAACAUGAAUAAACAACACGUAACUCUUUUGGUACUGCUUGAUUUGAGUGUAGCAUUCGAUACUGUUGACCAUACCAUCCUGCUGAAUCGACUACGCUCUAGCUUUGGUAUCACAGGUCGUGUACUAACUUGGUUUAAAUCAUACCUCGAGAACAGAUCUCAAUGUAUUUCUAUCAACGGUGGUGAAUCCAGAUCAUUUGAAAUGAAGUAUGGUGUUCCUCAAGGCUCUUGUCUUGGUCCUGUCUUGUUUGUCAUCUAUGCAAGCAAACUGUUUACUAUUCUUGAAAGCCACCUACCAGAUGUUCAUGCAUUUGCAGACGACUCGCAAUUAUACAUUUCAUUCAAACCUGCCUCUAUGAUCGAGCAAUCCGCUGCCAUUAAGGCAAUGCAAGAUUGCAUCACAGACAUCAAGAAAUGGAUGCUGGCAGACAAACUGAAGUUAAAUGAUGAUAAGACGGAGUUCAUCAUCAUCAUCGGAACAAGGCAACAGUUGGCAAAAGUAAGUGUUGAUUCACUGUGCAUCGGAGACGAAAUUAUCAAACCAUCUAGCGUAGUAAGGAAUCUCGGCUCCUGGUUCGAUUCGCAACUGAAAAUGGACUUACACAUCAAUAAAUGCUGUAAAGCAGCAUUUUUCCAUCUUUUUAAUAUCAGACGUAUCAGAAAAUUUCUCAGCUUUGAUACUACACAAAUUCUUAUUAACGCUUUCGUUACGAGUCGACUCGACUAUUGUAACAGUCUCUUGUAUGGUCUGCCCGCCAAUCAGAUAUACAAACUCCAACGAGUACAGAACUCCGCAGCAAGACUGAUUUGUAAUAUUAAUCGAUUUGAUCACAUCACCCCUGCGCUGUAUAAACUACACUGGUUACCUGUUAGAUACAGAAUUAGCUUUAAAAUAUUACUUAUCACUUAUAAGGCAAUUAAUGGUCUCGCUCCUGAAUAUAUUUCUGAACUCAUCAAACUCAAGGUUGCAUCCAGAUACAAUCUACGAUCAUCUACUGAACUGUUACUUGAGAAACCGGGAACAAAAACAUUAACCACUUUGGGUGACCGAUCGUUCCAAGUGGCUGCACCUACGCUGUGGAACAGCCUCCCAGCAGAAAUUCGUAACGCCUGCAAUGUGGCAUCAUUUAAGAAAAUGCUUAAAACCCAUUUUUUUAUGAAGACAUUUUCCUCCAUGCUGUCAUAAUUAGGACAAGUAAUAUAUAGCAGUCCUGUAGGUUCUUAGAUUUAUUGUAGGACGGUUUUUAAAUUAGUGUAAUAUUCCAAUUUUCUAUUUUGAUGUAAUGCGCGAGUGAGCAUCUUUCUAUGUAACACGCGCAAUAUAAAUUUUUAAAUUAAAUUAAAUUAAAUUAAGUAGUUCUGACGCCAAAUGAUAUCCAUAAACUAAUUAAACUAAUCUAUACUAAACUAUAACUCGUUUAAACUGUCACCCUUCAGCUAUCUGGAAUUAAAAGUCAGUGUGUUACUUCCUCUGACCUCUUCUAAAGUUUACACGAAAGCUAACUGAACUGUGCAUGGAUUCGGCCGCAUAUUAGGCUAAUAUGCGGCCGAAUCCAUGCACAGAUUAUUAAGGUUUAAUCGAUCUUUUUUUUGACAAAACAAUAGAUACACAAAACGUAUGCAUGCAUAUAUAUCGAGAGGUAAUUUAUUCAGCAUAUAUUCCUUAAGGCCUGUUUUAUACGUCGAAUUUUUGUUGCGUCGAAUGCAAUUAAGACAAUAGAUGAGAUAAUUUACCUCAUUAAGCUUCAUUGUCUAAAAUUAAGACAGUAGAUAAUGAGAUGAUAAACGUCAUUAAGCUUCGAUCGUUAUCUAUUGUUUGAAUUCAAUUCGACGCGACCGAAAUUCGACGUAUAAAACAGCGCGAGCAUGAGCGAUUUUACGUUCGCGUAUAAAUUCCGUCUCGUUAAUGAUAUACAGUAUAUUAAUGAGGCUGUUCGUAUGUUUUCGUCCUUACAUGCAGGUCAACUAUAAGAACCUGAAACUUUUAUUAAGGUAACGUGGUAUGCCGUUUAUAGACCCGGAGCGAGUGGAUUCGGCGAAAUAUUACCCGAAGUGAUUAUAUUUCCUGGAUAUCACAUGUAUGAAACCAUCGUAUCUAACAUUUCGUGAACCAAAUUAAUGCACUUAAUAUUAUCAUAUUCAAUUCUGUAUAGCUCAACCAGUCGACGUCCCUCAGCGGUUAUCGCAAUUAUGUGACGUGGAAUCGCGAAGAAUUUGAAAAUGUCUCGAAAAUGGUCAAGGGUAUAUUUGGAGCAGACGUAAGUUAUAUCAUAAGCGAAUUUAUCCAAGACGUACGCGCUACACUCGACUGUAGUUUUUACGUGACAAAAUCUGGACGCAUCAUCUGGAUUGGAGUUCAAGAAUGCGUUAUGGAAGGUUACGGAUAUGUUGCUGGGACAGUGGAUUGGCAUUUACAAGAGCAGUAUAGGGAACGGCUCUACGAUAAAUAUGUCGUCCCAGUUGCCGCAUACUUGCAUAAGAAAGGCUACUUUGGCAUCGUUGGUAUCGAUAUAAUCACUAGCCCGAGUGGAGAUUAUCUGACGGAUCUGAACCCCCGUCUUAACGGUGAUACACAAUUUAUAAUGCUUGCAGCAAGCAUGGCAAAAUUGGGACUCUCAAAGUCCCUUUUCCAAAUGUGUGUAAGCUUCGAUGUCUCAGGAGAGCAAUUGGUCAAGAAAGCAAACUCGAUCAACGAGACAAGCGCUGGAAGAGUGGUGAUAAUAGCUUCCGCUGACGAGGAAUGCUAUGCUGCAGUUUCGGUGUUCGCUGACAGCAUGAAGUUGGCAGAAUCAUUGUAUGCUAGUCUUUGUAGCAAGGACUGAGAGGACAUGAGAAGUCAUGAAUCGCCACAAUUCCUUUAUCCAGCAAGGACUAACUCGCUAACUUAGUAUUAACAUGCAUUUACGAUUUAAUUUACUUAUAAUCAUAUAAAGUACUUUUUUCUGACUGACCAAUACUAUAGCCAACGUAAUAUUUAAAUAAAUUUACAAUGGGGACCAGCACUUACAGGGUGUAUAAAAAAACGACACCUUUAGAAAUCAAGCUAUUGUUGUUAAGCACAAGAUUUCAUGAUCCUGCACGGGAAUAGCUUCUAAUCGUAUGAAGGAGCAUAACUGGAUACAAAAUUGUCAAACCAAAUUAAAGUUUUGAAUAACUUCGUCAUGCAAACAUUCACUUCUAUUCUGUUUUACGCACCCGUGGGUUAAGCAUAGUGCUAUACAGGGUGUCCCCAAAAAAACGAAAACUAUUGAAAUCACUUAUUGUUAAAUUUGAAUGCCCUACCAAACAGCUGCACGUCAUGAUGCGUAAAAUAUUGACAAGGUGCAUGUAUUAGAAUUUAGUUAGGAAUAUCUCCUGGUAAAGUGCGCGAUUUUCUGCUCCUGGGAAUUAAAAACAGCUUCUUAAACAGUUUCUUCAUGCAUAAAAUUUACUUAUGUCAAUCAUUUAUGCACUCGUGGGAACCAACAGAGCGCUAAUUAGGCAUUAAAAUUCUAACAAUUAAAUUGUUAUUGGUGAUUUCAAUAGUUUUCGUUUUUUUUGGGACACCCUGUACAGUUCAAAAUCCAACAAUAGCUUGAUUUCGAAAGGUUUUUUUUUUUAUUCACCCUUUUUCACCCUGUAGAUUAAGGCCCAGAGUAAAAUCACGUGAUAUCGAAUACUUGAAAUCAGUUUAUACUAAAACAAUAUUUGGUAAAGUGUUUGUAUUAUGCACGUCGUAGUUGUUGUGAAGCGAAUUAAGAUUAAGUGUCCAAUUUCAUAAUCACAAGUUGUGGUUCAUUAUAAAAUUAAACUUAUAUAUACAUGUUAUGCUUGAAGUUUGUUCUUAUUUUCAAGUAGUUGCAUUAUACACGCAUGCAAACACUUCACGCCGAGCAAAGACUUCAACCAUCCAGCUCAGUGAAUCGAUAAAAAUAUUUCAUAUAAAGUUAAUUCAGCGUUCACUUCAGUGUCAUGUGCAAAAGAGCUCUGGAAGUGUGUUUGUUUGCGUUGUCCUCCAAGACAAGCGUUAAGUCGCGAAAAGAUUUCGUGCACUUAAAUACACCCUUUCGAUAAUUACGUCACACAUACUUUUUGAUCUUAGACCAUUAACAAGAAACUAACGCGGUUAGAGUUAUCUGACAAAUUUAUAUGUUUCUAUAUAUUGAAGUAUUGAAAAUUUUGUACAAUGAAGCAUUGCUGUAGUACAUGUUGACAUAAAUUUUGUACAGUUAAAGUUUUUAAUCAAUAUUCCCACAAAUUGGCGUUCGCCUACCAAUAAUCAUGUUUCUUCAUUUCUCGUUUUUGCUUCAGAUUCUCCCAAUUUUCCUUCAUAAAAAUGGAUAACUGACUCGUUGAAUCAAUCCCCGUUGACUGGAACCCGAAGAUGCGAGAAUCCUGCUCCGCGCUUCUGUCUUACAGACUAAUUGCUCAAAAAAUUUAAUCAUAGUUAUUAUAAAGACAUGGUUAGAAUUAGGUGACGCAACAAACAUUCUCUAUUGAGCUGUGGCCAGAAAAAAAUAUCUGUGGUAAGUGCUCUGACUCGUGCCCAGGCGCUUUGGUUUGCUUCUUUGCCACUGGUAACUGCUCAAUUUUAUUGGUGUAUAGCUCAUGCAGCCCCAACCCCCUCGGCAAGUCCUUAUGUAGCCCCUACACAAAUAUAUAUACUAACAUUUACCAUAAUCUAAUCUCAUGCAGCCUUAACCCCACCCCCCCAUCCAAACCAAUUAUACACAAUGCUUUUAUACAUUCCUUGAACGUAAAAUAUGUUUCCCCCGCCUUUCUGCUGAUUUCGUUGAGUUCAUUUGAUUUAGGGCUAUAUAAAGUCGAUACCAGUUUAUUCAACGGUUACCCCGCACAAGGUAUACGGUAUCAAGAUUUAUAGAUCUCCCAACCAUGUUCGUAUAUUAACUAUGACUUAUUAAUCGAGAUGCAACAAUUGCAGGGCCUAUUAUACAUGGUAUGAUUACAUCAAAGUUAAUGUCAACUUUUACACUUGGAAGUUUUUCUUCAGAUUGUUAGCUAAGCAAACGGAUCAAAUGGCUCGACAUCAAUCCUUAUAAAUAUCGUGUUAUCUUUAAUGUAGUUUCUUGUCGCAAGUGUCUCGAGAGAAACAAAUUUCGGACAACCAAAUCCGAGACUCUUCAUCUUAUUUGGUCUUUGAAAAUAAUCACUAUUUCGAUCACAUUGCAAUCUCCAAACUUUAUUUUGACGAUUGUUUGGUUCAUUGUCUUGAUCGACAAGCACAAAAUCUACUUUCUGUUUAAAAGGCCAUUGCAAGAUGGCAUCAUGGUCGCCUUUCAAAAUGACAACAUAAAGUGAUAGAUGAGAUCCCUUCCCUUGACCCAAACCAUUCAGAAAUGCCUCAGCACGCAAUUUGUAGCCAUAUUCUCCAGUAUAAAAUGGUGGACUGCAUAAUUUCUCUUUUUCUUUCCGUGUAGCAGAUUGCUGGCAUAGUUGAGUAUAGUUUGAGAUUUUCCACAGAAAGCGACCUCCAACACAAACUUGUUCUUGCCUAGUUUCCAGUUCCCUGAUGCGUACAUGAGCCAUAUCAAGAUGAGUUUGGACAGAAUCUUUUAAAUGCUGUUCAAGUUCGUUACGUCGUGUCUAAAAUGACGUACAAUAUAUUUAUGUAAAAUUAAAUUAUAUAAAAAGUAAUAC